CCGAUUGAAAACGUAAGAGAAGGCAGGACUUUGCCUUUAAGCCACACGUCGUGGAGAGAGAGGGGAGGAGAGAGGAGAGGAGCGAGGAGCGGGCUGCUGCUGCUGCAGCUGCAGUGGGAGCUGUGUUAAAAUGAUAUCGUACAACAACAAACGGGACGAGACCCUCAUUGAAAUGUCUUCUUCUGCCGGCGAGGAGACGGGAGAUAUUGGGCUUAUUUCUGGCUUUCCAUCGGACUCACCAGGUGAGGAUAAUGGACCUUACUAUGAUCCCUCCAAUGGUACAAGAGAACCGGGAACUCCAAGUAAUUCAGAGGUACUAAGCACUACCACAGAGACUGCUUCCCUAAUCUCGGGUCCAUCAAAGAUGAUUGAUAAACAGAUCCACAGCAAAGACUCUGUCUUCUUUUGCGAUGGAAUUAGAAGGAUUGACUUCAUCCUUUCGUACGUGGACGACCCUAAAGAUGCAGACAAGAAAAUGGAAAGAAGAAAAGAGUUCGAAGACAAUUUGCUGAAGACCGGCCUCGAGCUGGAAACUGAAAAUAAAGAUGAUUCGGAAGAUGGUAAAACCUACUUUGUGAAGGUCCAUGCCCCCUGGGAUGUUCUGGCCAUGUACGCGGAGGUCAUGCACAUUAAAGUGCCCAUUAAGGAGAACGACAUUCCACAAGCGAGGGAGAAUCCAUUUGACCGGUUGCUGAAGCCAUUUCGCCUGGACCCGGCGAUCAUCAACCCAGAGCCUGAUUAUUUCACAGCGCCGUUCAGUAAACAGCGACAAGAGCUCUACUUGAUCAAUAACCCAGAGACCUUCUUCUCACCUUCCACCCGCAACAGAAUUGUUUAUUACAUUCUUUCCCGAUGCAAAUACACAACUGAAGAUGGCAAGAGGAAACUGGGGAUUAAGAGGCUGCUGAACAAUGGAACCUACACCGCUGCUUAUCCGCUUCACGACUGUAGAUACUGGAAGAAGUCCCAUGACUCAAAGAGUGAUAAUGAACGAUACAUAUUAUACAAGCGAUGGGCUCGUUUUGGACAAUUCUACAAGGAGCAGCCUCUUAACCUCAUCAGAAAAUAUUACGGAGAGAAGAUUGGAAUAUAUUUUGCGUGGCUUGGAUUCUACACGGAAAUGUUGGGAAUCGCUGGUGGAGUCGGCUUCCUCUGCUUUUUGUACGGCUGCAUAACCAAGGAUGGAAAUGUGUGGAGUGAUGAAAUCUGUGAUGCGGAGAUCGGAGGCAAGAUAAUUAUGUGUCCACUCUGUGACGGCUGUGACUUCUGGAGAUUGAACAUAACCUGUCAGUCAACCAAGAAUUCUCACUUGUUUGACAACGCAGCUACCUUGUUCUUCGCUGUUUUUAUGGGUAUCUGGGUGACUCUGUUUCUGGAGCUGUGGAAGCGGCGACAAGCCAAGCUGGAGUACGAGUGGGACUUGGUGGACUUUGAAGAGGAGCAGCAGCAGCUCCAGAUCCGCCCUGAAUAUGAGGCAAAUUGUAGUCACCACAAGAAAAACCCUGUCACUCAGGAACUUGAGCCUUAUAUACCGAUAUCGAAUCAAGCGUUCCGCUUUGUUUUGUCGGGAGCUACUGUCUUGUUUUGGAUCUUUCUAAUCCUGAUCUGUAUCAUUGCGGUCAUCGUGUAUCGCCUGUCCAUGUACGCCUCCUUCGCCAAGAUCACGGGGAGCAUGAAGAAUGUGAAGUACAUCGGUACCUUGUUCACCCCGCAGAUGGUGACCAGCGUCACUGCCUCCAUCCUCAACUUCAUCAUCAUCAUGAUCCUCAACUACUUCUACGAGAGGGUGGCCAUCUGGAUCACCGACCUGGAGAUCCCCAAGACUCACCUUGAGUACGAGAACCGGCUGACGAUGAAGAUGUUCCUCUUCCAGUUUGUCAACUAUUACUCCUCCUGUUUCUACGUUGCCUUCUUCAAGGGCAAGUUCCUGGGCUACCCUGGAAAGUACAACAUCCUAUUCGGCUCAUGGAGGAGUGAGGAGUGUGACCCUGGUGGCUGUCUGAUCGAGUUGACCACCCAGUUGACCAUCAUCAUGGCAGGAAAACAAAUUUGGGGUAACAUCCAGGAGUCACUUUUGCCCUGGGUUAAGAACUGGUGGGUGAGCCGGAAAGCCAGGCACCAUCCGGAGCGUCUGUACUCGCGUUGGGAACAAGACCAUGACUUGCAGGACAUGGGCCAGUUUGGCCUCUUCUAUGAAUAUCUGGAGAUGGUGAUCCAGUUUGGGUUUGUGACGCUGUUUGUUGCCUCGUUUCCUCUGGCUCCCGUCCUCGCACUGCUGAACAACAUCAUCGAGAUCCGCGUGGACGCCUGGAAGUUCAUCACGCAGUUCCGGAGGCCAAUGGCAGCCAAGGCCCACAGUAUCGGGAUAUGGCAACAGAUACUCAACAGUGUGGCCAUCGUCUCUGUCGUCAUUAAUGCUUUCAUCGUGGCUUUCACAUCCGACAUGAUCCCACGCCUGGUGUACAAGUAUGCCUACUCGGUAAAUGAUGAACUACCAAUGAAAGGAUACAUCAACAACAGCCUCUCGAUCGCCAACACCUCCGUCUUUGAUGGCAACUCAUUGUACAACGGCAACAUCACAUCUUGCAGGUAUAAGGAUUAUCGCUACCCCUCUGGCCACAGCUUUGAAUACAGGCACACCAUGCAAUACUGGCACAUUCUAGCUGCAAAAAUGGCCUUCAUCAUCAUCAUGGAGCACGUUGUCUUUCUGGUGAAAUUUUCCAUCGCGGCUUUGAUUCCCGACGUUCCAAGCGAGGUGAAGGCCCGGAUCAAGCGGGAGAAGUAUCUGACGCAGAAGAUUCUUCACGAGUACGAGCUGAACAAACUGCGGGAGAUACUGGCGGGCAAGGAGAACGUGGUGGUGAACAAGGAGAUGUCGGCGCAUGCGGAGAAAGUGGAACUCUUGAGCGAGGAGCUCUAGUCCACGCUGUCGCCUGAUGUGGGGGGGGAAACCAAGAACGUUUCAGGUUUUUUUUGGGGGGGAAUAAAUCAAUUUAUUUGAUUCUUCCACAAGAAACAAGAUGGGGAGGAGACAUCGAUUGCGUCUCCACUAAUCACGAUAUCACUGUCACAGCUACCGUCCGGAAAACUGUAUCCUUGGCAAGGAGGCAGUUUCACUGUGACCGCCAUUCUGGGCUUCUGUCGAAACCGACCGACCGCUCACAGUUCCCAUUAUCUUUGUUAUUUGCCUUUCCUCUGAGACAGAGGACGCUUUGAAAGUGAAUGGACCCUAUUCCCGAAUGUCGCCACUCCAGGUGCAAUGAAGAGUGUGGGUAUAACCAUCAGGAAGAAGGUGAAAUUAUAGGACACCAAGAAUAAUUUGACCAUGUAUUAGAAUCAUGAUGCAAAUCUGUGGAUGGAAUGUAAUUUAUCAUCUGUUUAGAUAAUCACUUGAUCUUGUUUUUUUUCUCUUCGUUUCUCUAUUUAAACCAUCUUUCUGCUA